AUGGUUCUCCUACAAGACAAUUGCGCCGUAGCUUUGUCUCUUGGUCCGAUUAUGGCUGCAACGCGAUACACCGUGCGCUUCCAGGGAGGACGGCUUUUCGGUCAAGCUAUGAUGUUUCCUGUCCAAGGUCAAGAAGAAAUGUCCAAGUUUCCCGCCAUCAAAGCACUCUAUCCAACCAAGUUCGUCUGA